AUGCAUGGCAAACGACAGGGUCGGGCCUGGUACCACUGGUUUGCCGAAACCGACACACCCCAAGAACGAAAGCUGUUGCUGAAGCUCGACCUGCUGAUUGUGCCCUAUGCCUUUAUCGGGUUCUGGAUCAACUUCAUCGAUGGCUCCAACAUUAACAAUGCCUGGGUGGCCGGGCUCGCCGAAGACCUCAACUUCCAUGGAAACCAGCUCGUCGACUUCCAAACCAUCAGCUCCGUCGCCGGCGUCAUCGGCCAGAUCCCCUUCGCCUUUCUGUUCCCGUACAUGCCCAUGAACUGGCUGGUCCCCGGCGUCGAACUGUUCUGGGGCGUCUUCACCCUGUUGCAAUACCGCGCCAAAUCCUAUGCCGAGUUCAUGGCAUAUCGCUUCUUCGUCGGCUUGUUCGAGGCACCCUUCUUUAUCGGAGUUCACUUUGUCCUUGGAUCAUGGUAUCGAGCCGAUGAGCUCGGUCGCCGAGGUGGUAUCUUUUACAUCGGCUUGACCCUUGGCUCCUUGACCUCGGGCCUGAUUCAAAGUAGUGCCUCAGCCAACCUGGAAGGUGUUGCUGGCCUGGCAGGUUGGAGAUGGAUGUUUAUCAUCGUCGGCUUGAUGACCUUCGUCGUGGCCUUCGCCGGCUUCUUCAUCUGGCCCGGCACCCCCGACAUCCCCAACAAGCUGUUUCUCUCCGACGAGGAACUCGACAUUGCCCGGCACCGGCUCCAAGAAAACGGAACCGACGGCACAAGGCCCGCCAACAUUGCCCUCCCCAAGGUGACCCUGGGCUUGCUCAAAACCGUCUUCACCAGCUGGAAAGUCUAUGCCCUCGUCGUGUGGAACUUGUUCUUCUGGGACAGCGACCCUCAGCCCUGGGGCGGCUACUUACUUUGGAUCAAGAGUCUCGGCCGAUACUCGAAUGCCCAAGUCAACCGCCUUGGCGCCUCGGCCCCGGGAGUCGGCAUUCUCUAUGUGCUGUUCAUCAACUUCAGCUCCGAUCUCUGGCUCGGUCGCACCGGCUCCAUCGUCCUGGCCCACGUCGUCAACAUCGUCAGUAUGGUCAUCCUCGUCAUCUGGGACGUGCCCGAGUCCGCCAAAUGGUUUGCCUUCAACAUCUACUACUUCGACAUCGGCAUGAGCAGCGUCCUGUACGGCUGGGCCAACGACAUCCUCAGGCACAACAAGCAAGAGCGGGCCAUCACGCUGGUGGUCAUGAACACCAUCCCCACCGCCAUCCGUGCCUGGAUCGGUCUGCUGGUCUUCAAGACAGUCGAGUCACCACGCUUCACCAAAGGCUACUCGUUCUGUCUGGCCAACUCCAUCUGCCUGAUAGGCUUCACCUUCGUCGUCAGGAGGUUGUAUAGGAAACAGGAGGAACAAUACGCCCUCGAGUUGGCUCGCUCGUCCGAGGCCGUGGUCGAAGAGAUAAGCCACCCAAUCGAGAAGAAGGAGGCGGGUGUUGGCAAUGUCACGGUCGAGCCUGUUGCAUAG